GUCUAUAAAAUGAGAUGUAGCUUUCCUCUGACAGUUCACAAGCAAGAGCAGGAGGGGAGGCAGCUUCCAAAAACGUUCUCCCAUCAACAUCGACCCAUCAGUGUUGGACAAGAUAUCAGUCACCAAGAUGCUGACCCUCUGGGCCCUGGUCUUCACGCUGACUGUCCAGGCAAGAGAACUUGACCUGCAGAAUCCAUCUUUGCUGCUGAGAAAUCUCCCUCAAUUAGCCCUUGAGGUCACCAAAAAAGCCCCUCUCGAUCUGCCACCCGGACCACUGUUCAGAAGUGCCCCAAAAGAUUCUCCAUCUAAGAAACAUCCAACUAGGACCCCAGGGGGCAGGUGUCUACCAGUGGCCAGGUACUUCAUGUCUAGCAGCAAACUCGAAGAAUAUCUGAACGCCACGCUGCCCCCACAGAUCGAGAAGAUGCUGAUGUGUGAGGAGAUAGAUCUAGCUGGUGUGCUUGGGACAGUGAUAUCUACAUUGUCUAACUCCAACCUACUGUCUGUGUUAGACCUCACUUCAUCCCUCAACAUACCUGGAAGUGAUGUUCUUGGUGGUAUCCUGGGCAAGGAAAGUGGUGGCCAGUCCCCAAAGCUCCCACUGUCACUGCUCUCAACAGCCACUGAUGCCCUCAAUAUCCAAGAGACUCUGGGCAGACUACUACCCACUGGUGCAGAGAAGAAUCCUGUAAAAGGACUUGUCAACACCCUUGACCUCCCAAAUCUCCCCCAGCCUCUGAAUGAUAUCGUUAACCAAGCCGGCAAGCUCACAGAAUCCACCGAGGGUGUGCUGAACAGUCUAGUGCCAGUAGGUGUUAGUGAUGCAGUCACAGGCCUGCUGAGAAAUGCUGACCUAGCAGAACUCUUACUGGGAUUAAAUGUUCAAGAAGUGACUGUGGAGAGUAUGACAUCAACCAUGACAGGUGAUGGGAUCCUCGUCUCUACCACAACUACCGCCUUCGUAGGUGGAAAAGGCCUAGCAGGACCUGUAGUCAGCCUACUGGGAUAUCAAGUACACAGCGAUAUAACUCUGAAAAUUGGCAUUUCCACGAACAAUACCCAAUGCAUCAACCUCCAAGUCCAGGACAAGGACAUCAAGUUCAAGAAAGUGACCCUUCAAGUAGUGGAAACGGUCACAAAUACUUUGCCAGUGCCUCUGCCUUUGGACCAAAUCGUUUCUCAAGUGUUGACAGUAGCUAUGAAAGAGAAGCUUCAAGAAGUAGAAUCGUGUGACAUUGAUCUCAGUGAUUUCAGCAAAUGCAAGAACUCUACUGACUUGUUCAAGUACAACAUUAAAAGUUCCAGGACUUCUGCACAAGGUCUUUCAGUCUUCUACUGUGCUAAAGCCUUCUUUAACAAAUAUAUAGUCCCUGUACCUGGAAGUCCCCUUCCACCAGAUCCUAGAAAUGCCAACAUUUCCCUAACUCUGUCCCAUAAAUUGCUCACCGUUAUCAUCACACUGAGUGUCAAGCAGAGCUCCACCAAGAUGAAUAACCUGGCUGCAAGCAUCACCAAAAUAGCCUACUUCUUCAAGUCAGGCAACCAACUCCAAGUCACCUUGUGGAUUACCGUGGAAAAGGAUGGUGAGAAUUUUACUACCGUGGAAAGGACCUCAAUCAUCUCCCAUGACAGCAAGAUUUCAAAAGACAAAUUGAUACCAGACUUCAAGAUUAUGAGCUCUGAAGACAAGGUGACACCCUCUGAGGCUGAAGCAGAAGUGCAAGAUAUAUUGCUUGAGGUUCUGAAGAAAUUUUUGUCUGCCCUUAAUGAACUGACAAGUGCAUGGAAUGUUCCUCCAGGACUAACCUCAAAUCCUCUAACCAAUGCCAAGGUUAAAGUACUUAAAUUGAACGAUCUUCAGGCAGCAAACUAACCCAGCACUUGAUGCCAGAGAAUUUUCCAGAAUGAAAGCAUUCUAAAACUUCUCUAAGAAAUAUUGAGCCAAGGACAUCCUUAUUUAUCAUUAAGGAGCCACGUAGAAUAGUGUUCUGAACAUGUCAACUAUUCUUUGGAAUCUCACCAACAAUACCUUGAAUUAACAAGCGCAAGAAAAUCAAGAAUCCAGGGAUUUUUGGUAUUCUGUAAUCAUUUCUUUAAUAAUUAACCUGUUUUCGUGCAAAAAAAAAUGACUUGUCUUCAAUUCAUACAAAUAGGAAUUUCGUCUUAUGCUUAGAAUUAGUAAAAGAACUACUUACCAGGAACAUAAAAGUUAACGGUAUGAAUGAUGAGGCAACAAAACGCAGACUUCAUUUAUCUAGUGCACUAAGGGACAAUACUGACAAUGACUUUUCUUCCUGUAUCUCUGCCCUCCCCUCUCCAACUCCAAAUGCUUUUUUUGACUAAUGGCCCAACAUGAAAAUUACACAGGGGCUAGAAUCCAACUUCCCCCAUCAUCACAUGCUAAACAGUGAGAGGCACAGUCCAAAUGCUAAAAGUUGG